UUCGUCGCUGCCGGAGAGGCGGGGGGGAAAGGGACUCAUCCCUUCUCUGUCAUGGAGCGCUACGACAAGGCCGCUCUGAACGCGCUCUCGCCUCCCGAUCCCAGAAAUGAAAGUUCAUUAGCUUCGACCCUAAGAACGCUCCUGUUCUUCACAACUUUAAUGAUUAUGUUACCCAUUGGGCUGUAUUUCUCAUCAAAGGUAUACGUAUUUGAAGGUACCUUUGGAAUGUCAAGCAGAGACAGCUAUUUUUAUGCCGCAAUAGUUGCUGUGGUAGCUGUUCACGUCGUGCUCGCUCUUUUUGUCUACGUGGCAUGGAACGAAGGCUCACGGCAAUGGCGGGAAGGAAAGCAGGACUAAAAGUCGCCGUUGCAGCGUGGCAGGCAAGGAGGGGAUGUUUCCAGGUGGAGCGAAGCCCCAGAGUGUAAAGUCUAAUAGUUGGUGUUUGAAAUGGGACAAGAUGGGGUUGCAUCAUUCCCCAGUUCCAGUAGCAUUUUUAGUUUUUAAAUUACAGCUCUGACUUCAUGAGCCUCAAGACCUGGCAGAGUUGGGAAGACUAGAAGGGAGCCUUAACGGGAGUACCCUGGAAUCAAUUUUCACAAUCUGUCUGCAGAGAGCUCCUGGGAAACAUUUGCUUGCUUAGUAACCUGCCUAGAACUGCUUUGAAAUGAACAUCUAGAUAAUUCGUAAAGUUGAACAUGAAGAAUUUCAGAGCUUUGCCAACAGAGUCUGGAUCAAAAAUGGUUGAAGUUCUU